UACAAGUUAUUUUUUUUCCCUAAGCCAUCUUAGAAUUGAACUCUUACCUCGGUUAUGAACCAAAAGGCCAUGCAGGAAAUGGACAACAAGAAAAGACAAGAGGAUGGAUCAAAUGUAGUGGUGGUUGAGACAACGGAGCAACGUUCUUCAGCGGGCAAAGGCCCAGAGCAGAGGAAAAUAGAGGUGGUUCACCAGUCUCACCCCAAAACUAGUGGCGGCGUUCUUGUCGGAGCCGCCGCCGCAGUUGAAUCCACCCUUGAAUCUGCCAAACAAGUCAUCUCUAAAAAAUAAAACCCAAAACUUUUAUCUCUGUUUUCAAAAUAAUUGUAUAAAUUUCAUAUACUAUUUUGUAAUCCCAUGAUAAUCAAAACUUCUAUUAUCCCUU